AUGACAUCACCGAGCAGCCCAAAUCACCGAGCAAAUCCUUCGAAGGAUGGAAUCUCGAGGACAUACAACAACGCCUCCAUUGAGUUCAAGGACAUGCGAGGCCGAACAAUGACGCAACACAUCACCAGCAGCAAAAGUUCGUUUCCCGACGUGGAGAGCGGCGUCAAGGCCACGGGGCACGAGCGGCGAGCUCGCGAAAGAGGUGGGCGCCAAGGUGCCAAGCACGCCUGCCAGCCUGGAGCACGAGCCAAGAAAGGCUGCGGCAAUGCAAGGACGGGAGGAGGACCAGGAUCAGCAGCGGGAUCAUAG